CGUGUGCUUGCUAAACUAUGUACUAGUAAAUAGCAGCCCGAGUCACGGACUUGCCUUUAUACUAGCACGUCUCCUACCUCCCUACUAAUUAAGCCUUACAUCCCAACCUACAAACACGCGGUUAUCAUGCCCCCCAUUCGCGGUCAUAAGGUUCUAGUCAUCGGCGGCUCGUCCGGCAUUGGAGCGGCCGUUGCCAAGCUUGCCGGCCAGGAGGGUGCCAGCGUCGCCAUCGCGUCGUCCAACCCCACUCGGGUCGAGAACGCGGUCCAGAAGCUCCGGGCCGCCGUGCCCGAGGCCACCUUCUCUGGCUACACCGUCGACGUAAACCAGGAUGACGUCGAGGAGCGCCUCGACAAGCUGUUUGCGGACGUCACGGCGGGCCUGGGCGGCCAACUCGACCACAUCGUCUACACGGCCAACGUGAUCCAGUUCACUCCCUUGUCGUCCGUGACGGUCCCGUUCCUGCGCUCGAACGUCCAGUUCGGGUACGUCGUGCCGCUCAUUCUCGCCAAGCUGGCGCCCAAGUACGUCAGGAGCAGCUACACGUCCUCCAUCACCUUCACCACCGGCCGCGCCGCCGAGAGGCCCGUGAAGGGCGUCGCCGCCCUCGCCGGGAUCGGCGCCGGCCUGUUUGGCAUCACCAGGUCGCUCGCACUCGAGCUCGCCCCCGUCCGCGUCAAUCUCGUCAGUCCCGGCACCACCGACACGGACAUAUUCGGCCCUCCCGAGGUCCGCGCACCGAGGCUGGCCGAGGAGGCCAAGAACUCCUUGCUGGGCAAGGUCGCCGCGCCGGAGGAGGUAGCCGAGGCCUACAUCUACUACAUGAAGGAUACCAACAACACCGGCUCCCACAUCAGCACCAGCGGAGGCGCUCUGAUCCAGUAGGCAACUCCUGAUACGCCUAGUUGUAAUUAGAGAGUGAAUAAAAUGGGUUAUUACCUUUCCAAUCUGGCCCGGAAAAU